UGAUUCAAUAUGCGUGUCUGGCUCCGGGUGUCAGGGGUCUUCUGCCAGAACUAAAGGAGUGAGGCUGGUGGGUGCAUAUAUGGGGCCUGAAAUCAGAAAUGCCCCUCUAUCGCAUAUUCGCAUUAUUUAAAGCGCGUGGUCGUCCAACUUCAGCUCAUCACUCAUCUCAUCAAACUUACCUUUCCACAAUCCCCCCUAUAACUCAGUCAACAUGUCCUACUACGGAGAAUCAAGCGGCUACUACGGCAGCGAGGGUCGCCCUCCAUACAACCCCGGCUACGAACAACACCGCGGCUCCCCAUACCAAAGACCACCAUACGAAGAACACCGGGGCUCGCCGUACGAGCGCCCGCCCUACGAAGGGGAGCGCAGCGGUUCCUACGACCGCCCCUCUGCUCGCCCCCCACACUACCCCCCACCCCCUCUCCCCUACGGCUGGGUCCAGGAAUGGGAACCCAGUGCGCGCCGCGCGUUCUUCGUUGAGACUGCCACUGGUCGGUCUGAGUGGACGCUUCCUGCCGAGGCUUCGUAUGGCGAGCAGUCGCGUGGUGGUGGUGAACCCUAUCCUCCUCCUGUGCCGGCUGGGUAUUCGUCCCAUGAAGGUGGAUAUCCACCUCAGUACCCGCCUCAGUAUCCUCCCCAGGAGGGCUAUGGUGGUGGUGAAUACCCUGAGGAAAAGAAGAAGAAGAGCAGCGAUGCAGGGAAGUAUCUUGCUGCGGGUGCGGCUGGGUUAGCAAUUGGUGCUGUUGGCGGGGCAGUUUUGGGUCAUGAACUUGCUGAGAACAGUGGAGACGAAGGCUCUGGCUCUGACCAUGAAGAGGCACAUUACUCUGACGAUGGGUCUGACUAGGUGGGAGACUGCGGGACUUUUACUGGGGGUAUAGGGUUUUGAUAUAGCGAGAUAUGCACUGUUCAGAUAGGGAUUUGUAGGAGCGUGGAGCAUUAUGGAGGACAUCCCUGUCGAUGUCUUUGUUUCUAUCUACCAUGUUAGUGGCUCAGUUUAUACAUGUAACUCACCCAUCCAUUCCAGUGUGGUGCCAAGCAACUAGGAACUCUCUUGUCCACUAUCUGAGGAUGCCCUAUCCGAAUCCACCACA